UCAGGAAAGCCAUGCUCCCUGCGUGAGGGCAGCGGACAGUUCACCUGGCAAGCGGAGUCGUCGGUCAUCUGCGCGCUCCCUCAUCUUCCCCUCUCGCUCCCCUUGAGCGAUAGCCCUAUUUUUUUCUUUAGUGGCAAUUCCGAGGGAUGCUGGAGCGGGAUUUUGAGGGGAGGGCGCUGGGAAAUGAGUAGGGGGCGGGAUAUCCUGAGACAACAAGUUUGGCUGUAUGGAGGGCCUACCGGCAGCGCGCGUGAGCUAGAACGCCGAGAGAAAGAGCGCCGGAGGAGCCAAGAGAGGAAAAGAAAAGCUGCAGAAAGAAUAACCCCGAGAAAGGGGGUGGAGAGAAGGCGGCCCCAGCGCCCCGGCCCCCGGCAGGUCGGCGGCCAAUCCGCUGGGGGAAGGGGUGGAGAGUCGGCGGCUCCGGCAGAGAGAGGCCGAGGGGGGUGGGGAGUCGGCCGGGCUCGCGCCGCCCUGGCCCCGCCCCCGACCCGCGCCGCCGCCCGCGCCGCGCGCCGCCGCUGUCAAUCAAGGGCGAGUCAGCCGGGCUCGGGCGGAGAGGAGCUGCUACGCCACAGCCCAGCGGCGGCCAUUCGCGGAAAAAGAGGCAGAGCCUGUGCCAGCUACAGCCUCCUCCGAGCCACCGCGGGCGGGCGGGACCGGCCUCUCCUCCCGCCUCGCCCCCACCCCCACCCACCUCUAUCCCAGUGUCUCCGUCUGAGGGUUUGUCCUGUUAAUGCGGGAUGAGCGAUCAGAAGAAGGAGGAGGAGGAGGAGGCGGCGGCGGCAGCGGCGAUGGCUACCGAAGGAGGGAAAACCUCUGAGCCAGAGAAUAACAAUAAAAAACCCAAAACCUCAGGCUCCCAGGACUCUCAGCCCUCUCCUCUGGCUUUACUGGCAGCUACUUGCAGCAAAAUAGGGACUCCUGGUGAAAAUCAAGCAACUGGACAACAACAAAUUAUUAUAGAUCCAAGCCAAGGAUUGGUGCAACUUCAAAAUCAGCCACAACAGCUAGAACUGGUAACAACACAACUUGCUGGAAACGCUUGGCAACUUGUUGCCUCCACUCCUCCUGCUUCAAAAGAAAAUAACGUUUCUCAACCAGCUUCUAGUUCAUCUAGUUCUUCCAGCAGUAAUAAUGGGAGUGCAUCUCCUACAAAAACUAAAUCAGGUAAUUCUUCCACGCCUGGUCAAUUUCAAGUCAUACAAGUACAAAAUCCAAGCGGUAGUAUACAGUACCAAGUGAUUCCACAACUUCAGACAGUGGAAGGCCAGCAGAUUCAAAUCAAUCCAACUAGUAGUUCAUCUCUCCAGGAUUUGCAGGGUCAAAUUCAGCUCAUUUCUGCAGGUAAUAAUCAAGCUAUACUCACGGCUGCUAACAGGACAGCUUCUGGGAAUAUUCUUGCUCAAAACCUGACAAAUCAGACAGUUCCAGUCCAAAUUAGACCUGGUGUGUCAAUACCACUGCAAUUACAGACCCUUCCUGGUACUCAGGCUCAAGUUGUAACAACCCUACCAAUUAACAUUGGAGGAGUGACUUUAGCUUUGCCAGUGAUAAACAGUGUGGCUGCUGGAGGAGGGACUGGGCAGGUUGGCCAGCCUGCUACUACUACUGAUAGUGGGACUUCCAAUGGGAGUCAGUUAGUUUCCACGCCCACCACCACCAGUGCUUCUGCCAGUACUAUGCCAGAAUCUCCCUCCUCCUCUACUACCUGCACAACCACUGCUUCAACAUCUCUGACGAGCAGUGACACGUUAGUGAGCUCAGCAGAUACGGGCCAGUAUGCAAGUACAUCAGCCAGUAGUUCUGAACGCACUAUUGAAGAAUCUCAAACACCUGCUGCUACUGAGUCUGAAGCCCAGAGCUCCAGUCAGCUUCAGUCUAAUGGGAUACAGAAUACACAGGAUCAGUCGAAUUCUCUUCAGCAGGUGCAAAUUGUAGGCCAGCCUAUCUUACAACAGAUCCAGAUCCAACAGCCUCAGCAACAGAUUAUUCAGGCUAUUCCACCACAGUCAUUUCAACUCCAGUCAGGGCAGACAAUUCAGACCAUCCAGCAGCAGCCUUUGCAGAAUGUUCAACUUCAAGCAGUAAAUCCGACUCAGGUGCUUAUCAGGGCUCCAACUUUAACACCUUCAGGGCAGAUCAGUUGGCAAACUGUACAGGUUCAGAAUAUUCAGAGUCUUUCAAAUCUGCAAGUUCAGAAUGCUGGGUUAUCCCAACAAUUAACCAUCACCCCAGUGUCUUCAAGUGGUGGCACAACUCUUGCUCAGAUUGCGCCUGUGGCUGUUGCUGGUGCCCCAAUAACUUUGAAUACUGCCCAGCUUGCAUCAGUGCCUAACCUUCAGACAGUGAGUGUUGCCAACCUGGGUGCUGCAGGCGUUCAAGUGCAAGGAGUUCCAGUUACAAUCACUAGUGUUGCAGGUCAGCAGCAAGGACAAGAUGGAGUAAAAGUCCAACAAGCUACGAUAGCUCCGGUAACUGUAGCGGUUGGAGGAAUUGCUAAUGCAACGAUAGGUGCUGUUAGUCCUGACCAACUCACACAAGUGCACUUGCAGCAAGGCCAGCAAGCUUCUGAUCAAGAGGUGCAGCCUGGCAAGAGGCUUCGGCGAGUUGCCUGUUCCUGUCCUAAUUGUAGGGAAGGAGAAGGAAGAGGCAGUAAUGAACCAGGAAAAAAGAAACAGCAUAUCUGUCAUAUUGAAGGAUGUGGAAAAGUUUAUGGCAAAACAUCUCACCUACGAGCGCAUCUUCGCUGGCAUACUGGAGAAAGGCCUUUUAUAUGCAACUGGAUGUUUUGUGGCAAAAGAUUCACAAGGAGUGAUGAGCUUCAGAGACAUAGAAGAACCCAUACAGGUGAAAAGAGAUUUGAAUGCCCGGAAUGUUCAAAAAGGUUUAUGCGGAGUGAUCAUCUCUCCAAACAUGUCAAAACGCACCAGAAUAAGAAAGGUGGUGGGACAGCUCUUGCCAUUGUUACCUCGGGAGAACUGGACUCAUCUGUUACAGAGGUGCUUGGCUCCCCAAGAAUUGUCACAGUUGCAGCCAUUUCUCAAGAUUCAAACCCAGCAACUCCCAAUGUUUCAACCAACAUGGAAGAAUUCUGAAAAGUUUAUUUAUAACAGAGACCUCUAGUGCUGCACUUAAGUUUACACACCUUUGAAAAUCUGGAAAUGGGCUGGUCAAGUGGAUUACAGAGUAGGAAAUCAUGUUUUCAUUCUUGGCUUCUUUAAGUAUUCCAAGAUUUUGGGUCAAUACGUGAAGUGUUGAAUUUUUAAAAACACAAAAAGCAAACUGAUGUACUGGAAACAGAUAAGAAGUAUUUCCUCCAUAGUAUAAGUUGUAGUUAUUUGGAAAUAUAUCCCAUAAUCUUUAAACUGAAUCUUCCCCUCUCUUAACAUCAUGUGUUAACAUGUUUAAAAAGACAGACCUCUGUAGUUUGCAGGCUGGACCUUAAUUGGACUUGUUUUCAUUCAAAGUACUUUGUUAUAAAUUCAGUCAGUAAUAAUUUCCAUGGAUUUUUUUUUUGUCUGUAGCACAGAAAACAGAUAGCUAAUUGAUAAUAGGGAUAAUACUUUAUUUCCUUAGCUUGAUUUUUGAAAAAUCAACUGAAAUAGUUUUGGCCGUCUUUUCUAAAUGUUAGAAAUUCUUCAACAGUUGAAUUAGGUAAGUUCCAAAAAAGUAAUCUGAGAUGCAUCUCAGAUCUUUAUUACCACUACAUUAUAGUAGUGUGUAUGCAGACAAUCAGUGAAGUCCAAUUGCUUUCUCCAUUUGGAGACACAAGAGGAACCUAGAGCUAAACCUUAGGUUAAAUUUUAGGUGGAAACCUUAGGAAAAUACAAAACUCAUAAUAGCUUCAGAAAAAUAAAAUGAGGCAACUUAAUAUGUAAGGUUUUGGAGUUAGGAUUGAUUCUAUUCCUUGCUCUAGGUUGAAACAAAAUUCAUUUAAAUGUUUAUAUUGGAAGUAUUUGCAUAAAGUAUAAAUUGUUCUGUAGUUUCAUAUUCUGUAAAUAUGAGUUAUGUAGACAAUGUGCAGAAUUCUUUAUGCUUUGACUUGGUAGCCAAAGAGAAUUAUCAUACUUUUUUUAAGGCCUGCAGAAAAUUAUCUUUUAGCUACAUUACAAUUUCCAUUUUCCUCUCUACUAAAAAUUAGCCAAUCCUAUUUUAUUUCUAGUACUGUGUUAGAAAGCUGAUUAAGAAUUUAUAACAUAGUAAUAUCUUUAUGUUAUGUCAAUAACUGAAUUUUCCCUAUAAAGACAGCCUAACAAAAUGUGAUAUUAUGU